CGUCCCUUCUUCUUCUUUUUCUUUCUCUUUUUCUUUUUCUUCUUUUGUAUAUCUGGAAUAUUCGAAAUGGACUCUCAGGUUACCAUCACAACAAACACCAACAUCCCUCGCGUUCGCAACAGAGUAAUUGUCUGCAUGGACGGUACAUGGGACACACCAUCAGAGAGAACAAACGUGUACUAUCUUUACCUUCACCUAAACAUGCCAGAAGGCAAACUUGGAAAGGGUGACAAAAAGGAGGACCCAGAACAGGAUCAAUGGAGACAGGUGGCAGGUUACUUUGAAGGCGUCGGAACAACCCAAAAUAAGUAUCUUGGUGGUCUAUUUGGACUUGGUCUAAGCAACCAGAUCAUGAAGGCGUAUGAAUUCAUCAGCAGACAUUAUGAGAACGAAGAUGAUGAGAUUUGGAUUUUUGGCUUUAGCAGAGGAGCUUAUGCCGCAAGAAGUCUGGCCGGAAUGAUUUACAAUGUCGGACUCUUGCCAGAUGAGCAUAUAGAAACCCAGGCACCAGAAGCAUACAAACUGUACUGCAGCAGAGAUGAAGCAAAGCAUCCAAAGAAAGAGGUCGCCGUCAAUUUCCGCACUCAGUAUCAAUGCAUGGAACCCGAAAUUAGAUUCUUGGGCUGUUUUGAUACAGUUGGUGCUCUUGGUGUUCCACAACUACCCUGGUACCUUGGUGGAUCAACCUUCUGGACAUUAUUCCACGAACGCAACAGUUUCCAUGACAUUCGUAUCUCUCCGAAAGUCAAAUCUGCCUUCCACGCUCUGUCAAUCCAUGAACAGCGCGCCUGGUUCACACCUGCUCUGAUGGAUUUUGGCCUCAAGCAAAGAGAAGAUCAGGAAUUGGAGCAGAUCUGGUUCCCAGGCAUGCACAGUGACAUUGGUGGCCAAGCAGAAGGUUCCCGUCUACUUCCCAACCAGUCAUUGAGAUGGAUGAUGACCAAGGCUGCAGACCGUGGACUGAAAUUUACGCGUACAAUUGAUGAGAUCUGUAAUGAGGGUGGUUUCUACUACCAGGACAGUUAUGAAAGCUCUCUUAUCUAUCAGAUUGUCUCUAGAGAGGAUCGCGUCAUUGACCCUUCCAUGUUCUCACCAAAGGGUCUCGCAGCUCUUUACAAGGAUGGUCAAUUCGAACAAUUUAUUGAACCAGAACAGCUGGCACUCUACAAGUCCAAGACACAUCAUAACUACAUUAACUCUAUAAAGCAUCUUAUCUCUGGAAAGUAAAAACCUAAAAAAAAAAGAAGGGAAUCACCCCUACACCUACACACAUACAUACAUAACCAUAUACUCAUUAAAGGAAUCUGUACGAACAAGAAGAAAAGAGAAAAACUAGGGGUUUUAAAAGAAGAAGAAGAAAAAAGGUCCUUCCCCUCAGUAUUGUAUCCCCCACCCCGUAUCUUUAUAUACUUUCAGCUAUUUAUACAUCCAUAUAUUUAUAUUUAUAUAAGAAAUAAAUAAAUAAAAAUAUUGAAUCAACAAUCAAUCUAUACGUUUUGUUGCUUG